AUGCACAUUCCCGCCAGCCGAUCACCGUUUGGACCACUGCGUGAUUCAGUGAAGGCUGCUGUUGCUCUCAAUUUUCCCACUCCCGCGCCACUGGGAAGGCGUCUGUCGUCCACCAUGGCUCAGGAGUCAUCAACGAUUAAAGUUGGGUUUAUAGGGGGGGGGAAAAUGGCGAAGGCGAUGGCUGUGGCUCUGGCGGGUUUGUUGUUUCUUACUGUGAAGCCUUGGAAUGUCCCUGAGGUGCUUGCUUCCCUCGCAUUGUGGAGGGAGGAGUCAAAUGCUCUUCCGUUCCUCGUUUCUGCUUGCGCUGGGGUCUCGCUUUCAAGGCUAGAGGAGACGACGCUAAACUCCCCUGUCGCGCGCAUAAUGCCGAAUGUACUGUGCGCUGUUGGUGAAGGUUCCACUUGUUACUGUGGGAAGCAUUUGACUGCGGACAACGAGGCGGUGCUGCUGCGGGCGCUGCGGGCCUUCGGCCGUGUACACUCUGUUCCAGAAAGCUACUUCGAUGCGUACUGCGCAAUUAGCGGCUCGAGCCCUGCAUUCGUCUGCACGUUCAUUGAGGCACUCAUUGAUGCUGGGGUCAAGUGGUGGGUGUCGGCCUUCUUCGGCUUGCCGCGGCAGUUGGCCACCGAGGCGGCGCUGCAGUCCGUGCGCGGCACAGCGACUUUGGUACAAAAGAAGGAAAUACACCCCGCCCUCAUUCGCGACGAGAUCACCACACCUGGGGGCACAACCAUAGCCGGCCUGAUGGCGAUGGAGAGGAGGGCCUUUAGAGCUGCAGUGCUUGUGGGGCGCAGUCGCAGAUGCGGUGCAGGCCACCUAUGA